ACUUAUCCACCAUGCACAGAACAUAUUCCUUGAGAUCGCAGAAGGCUCCUACUGCUGCGCAAUUGCAGUCUCCCCCACCACCUCCUUCCACCACCAAGUCCAAGUUCUUCGGUAAGGGAGGAAUUGCUUCUACGUUCAGAAAGUCCGUGGCCGGUGCUACAGGACCCGAAUUGUCGAGAAAGUUGUCGCAAUACAUCAAGAUGGAGAAGAACGUCAUGAGAGCCCUUGAGUUGACUGCCGGUGAACGUCGUGACGUAGCCAAGCAGUUGUCCGCCUGGGGUGAAGAAAACGACGACGAUGUUUCCGAUGUCACCGACAAGUUGGGUGUCUUAAUUUACGAAAUUGGUGAAUUGGAAGACCAGUACAUCGACAAGUACGACCAGUACAGAAUCACCUUGAAGACCAUCAGAAACAUCGAAGCCUCCGUCCAACCUUCCAGAGACAGAAAGCAAAAGAUCACUGAUGAAAUCGCCCACUUGAAGUACAAGGACCCUCAGUCGCCAAAGAUUCCUGUUUUGGAACAGGAAUUGGUCAGAGCCGAAGCCGAAUCGUUGGUUGCUGAAGCUCAAUUGUCCAACAUCACCAGAGAACAGUUGAAGGCUGCCUUCAACUACCAGUUUGAUGCUACCAGAGAAUUAGCUGAAAAGUACGCUUUGAUUGCUGGUUACGGUAAGGCCUUGUUGGAAUUGUUGGACGACUCUGCCGUCACUCCUGGUGAAACCAGACCUGCCUAUGAUGGUUACGAAGCCUCCAAGCAGAUCAUCAUCGACGCUGAAAACGCCUUGGCUUCAUGGACCUUGGACUCUGCUGCUGUCAAGCCUACCUUAUCUUUGCAUCAAGAAUACGACGAAGACGAAGUGGAAGAAGACGGAGUUGUUGAAGCUGCUGAGGAAGAAUUCGCCAAGCACGACGAAGAAGAAGAAGUGCAAAACUAGGAUAACUGAAAAAGUAAUUUUCAUCAAAACUUAAUUUCAAAUGAUUUCUUAUCCUCAAUUUCUUCAUUUCUUCUUCUCAGUCAAUUGUUACUAUUGAAGCCGAUUGUCACCAAUUAUUCAUUGUUUAACUUUGACUUGACUGGUUGUUUUCCCAGAAUUCCAACCACCUUAUGUUUUUAUGUUCUUUGCCUGUUCGAUUCUUGUGUCAUUAUAUGAAAACUAUGUUGUAUUAGUAUUUUGGAAUAGUGGACCCUACCUCGUCUAUAUUAACCAUUUAGUUAGCUUAAGUAAUAAUAUCUGGUAUGU